AUGACAGAAUCUCCAAUGGAUAAAUCUGAACACAAAAUUACCUCUGAACCCGAUCCGACCAUUGACAAAACAGAGGACCCUGAUGAGAAUCCAUUCAUAUUUAAGACGAUAGACAACAUUAAGACAAUCGACAAUCAAACUCUGGUACUCUUGGAAGAAUGUCAGGAAGGGAUAGAAAUCUGUUCAAUUCCAUUGAUGAAUGACGACAAAGAUGCUAUGUUCAGUAUCUGUAGAUCGAUAGAUGAUAUUUUACAGUGUUUUAAUACAUUUGAUAAGAAAUGUACAGAAUUAUUAGUCAAAGAUUCUAUUAGUGAUAUAACUAAAUUGUUACAGUGGAUGUGUCAACAGUUAAGUGAAAUUGUACAGACGGAUAUCGAAAAAAAUGAUAUUCCGGAUGAGUAUCUAAAAGAAUUUGGUUUACCAGACGAUACUGAAUUUGACCAAUCAGAAAAGGAUAGAAAAGAUGAGCAUCCAAUACCUCACAGAUCUGAUAUUUAUAAUCUUACUGAUAAUGGAAUUCUAUAUGUACGUCCAGUUUGUGGUAAUUUAACAGAUAAUGAUCCCAAAAUUCUACUACUAUCCGAUACCACUGUUGAUAUUACAGCCCAUUGUGUUAAUGGACAACAGAAAUUUCUAACGAAAGAUUUUGUACAAUAUCAACUUUCAGCUUCUCUUACUCCACAUCAACAAAGAUGUCAACUUUUUAGGAAACAAGGUAUCAAUACAUAUACAGUAGAUAUAACAAUAGAUAAUUAUAUACUACAUCAUAAAACAUCUAUUUAUACUGUAACCUGUACCUAUGAUGAUUAUAGUUCUAAUAUAACUAAAAUACACCAUAUCAUACCUGGUUUAUAUGGUUCAAAGCUAUCUGAUAGUUAUGUAUCACCAGUUCUAGAUAGUUCUAAUGUUAAACUCACAGUACAGAACGUUUUGGAUCAAGAUCUUGUCAAUCAACCAAUGACUCUAGAUAGAAAAUAUUCUCUUUUUGGAACUUGGAUUGAUACAAAGAGUGUACCGAUAGGAUUAAGACCCGUUAGUUGUAAGGUUAUUUCUGGUAAAAAUGAUUCCUACGACUUACUGAAAGCUGGAUGUGGUGAUGGUAUUAUAUUUAAGCAGUCGGAAGGUUUUAUGAUCAAGGGUUCCACUUUUAGAAGUCCUUAUUUCCAAGGUUUUCAUCUUUCCGGAAGUCCAGAAGUAACAUUCCAAUGCACUUUUGCUACCUGUUCUAAAGUGUGUGAUGGGUCCUCGUGUGAAAUUAAUUGUGGUGAACCUGAAAUACAAAUUACAAACGCCAAAUUAGAUUCCUGUACUGGUUAUACCUUUGAAAAUGAAUGUAUUUAUAGUUGUAAAGAUGGUUAUGAUCAAAUAAAUGAUGGUAUCAUAACAUGUGGUGGAGAUGGAAUCUGGACGAAGCCUAUAAUAACAUGUACUCUAUCAGGGGAAUAA